AUGUCUUACCAGGGCAUGAGUGCUCUGUACAAGGAGUUUUCGGAGACUCCUUUCACCAUCUUUGCCUUCCCUGCCAACCAGUUUGGCCACCAAGAGCCGCUCAGCAACUCCUGGAUCCACGACUUUGUGCGCGGUAACGGGACGCACAAGUGCGGGCUCAAGUACUGCGACUGGAAGGGCUACUUCCCCUAUCCGCUGUUGGCCAAGACCACAGUCAAGCCGUCGUGGUGCACCAAGGACCCCACCGUGUCCUGCACAAGCAGCUCCUCUGACUGCUGCUCCAAGAACAUGGGCGUGUGGCAGUGGCUCAAGUCCGUGCACGGUGAUGUGCCCAAGUGGAACUUCGCCUCCAAGACGCUGUUCGACAAGUGCGGCCGCCCGGCUUACUACGUCAACGACGAGACCCUGGACCCGGCGAAGCUUGCACCGCAGAUCCGCCAGCUCCUGAACAAGGACUGCUAA